ACCAAGUGUGGGCUCUCGGUAGGUUUCGGGAUCGCCCGGACAUUUUCGCCUCUUUGUUUUACUGAUAGUGGAUUUAACUCGGAUUGAACCCAAUAUCCUGCGGACUCCUCUGCUACCAAACAGGUGUAUGAGGGGCGGUCCGUGAUGAAGAGUUAGCCCCUCCCCCUUUCCUGGACACGCGAGCUGAUUGGCUCACCUGCUCAGCUUACACAUGGCGGCCCUCGGGAACCCAGACAUGUUGACGAGGAAGAUUAAGCUGUGGGACAUCAAUGCUCACAUCACGUGUCGUUUGUGUGAGGGCUACCUGAUAGACGCCACCACCGUAACCGAGUGCUUGCACACUUUCUGCAGAAGCUGUCUUGUCAAGUAUCUAGAGGAGAACAACACUUGUCCCACAUGCAGAAUUGUUAUUCAUCAGAGCCAUCCACUGCAGUAUAUCGGUCAUGAUCGGACCAUGCAGGACAUUGUGUAUAAACUGGUUCCAGGUCUUCAGGAAGCGGAGAUUAAGAAACAGAGGGAGUUCUAUCAGAAGUUGGGGAUGGAGGUCCCAGGGGACCUGAAAGGAGAACUCUGUAACCUCAAACCUCACCUGGAGACCCAACGCAAUGGUGAUGUGAAGACCGAGGACUCAGCCAAUAAGGAGCAGGAGAAGCCCGAGGAGGACAACGAUUAUCACCGGAGCGACGAGCAGGUGAGCAUCUGUCUGGAGUGUAACAGUAGUAAACUGCGUGGUCUGAAGAGGAAGUGGAUUCGCUGCUCAGCUCAGGCAACCGUCCUUCACCUCAAGAAGUUCAUCGCCAAAAAACUUAACCUGACGUCCUUCAAUGAGCUGGAUAUUUUAUGCAAUGAGGAGAUUCUGGGAAAGGAUCACACGCUCAAAUUUGUGGUGGUGACCAGGUGGAGAUUUAAGAAGUCACCGCUGCUUCUACAUUACAGACCCAAGAUGGACCUGCUGUAGGGACCAGUCUCACAUGAUGUGUUAUGGAGUAUUUAUGCAGAGACGAUCAAGCCAACAAACAUGCGCACACACAUACACACACACACAUACACUAACGUACAUACCUCACACAUACUCAUGGGUUAGCACAUUCAUACCAAAACACACAUACGCAUCAUUUCAGGGGGGGCGCACACACACACACACACACACACAGCCUCAGGAACAGCCCAUGCCGUCCUGCGGCGUCUGUGAAGCAAGAAGAGCUGGCGGAAGAUUAAGCGUUAUAAACUUUAUAUUUAUACUUUUGUACAGAAUAGAGACAUGGACCCAGAACCUACUUGGUGCUCUGUUUACAACCCAACUCACCAACAAACAACUGAUCAUAAUAACAACACCACCACCAUUGUCGGAUGUUUGUUAACCGACAGACCCAUCUGCUCUCUCCGUCUGAGAAACCCACAGCAGGACAAAUUGGAGCUCUUUUUUUUCGGUGGGUGGAGGGGUGCGUGACUGUCCCCCCCGGCCCUGGCCACGCGAGCUCUGAAGACUUUUAUUAUGGACCGUUUGUUUGUUUGUUUGUUUGUCAUUUGUUUGUUUGUUUGUUUGCGUUGGUAUAUUGUCUCUGAGCUUCUGUCUCUUGCUUUGCUUUUGGCUCCUUCUCCACCGUGGACUGUGAAUAAGCAGAAAUGAGUGUCGUAAUUUAUGUUCUAUAUAGAAUCCUGUACAUAGAAAUAAUUAUGAGGGGGAUGGGAGAGAUGUAGAAGAAUGAAAGAGAGAGAGAGAAA